AUGUGCCAAUGGGAGGCGGUUGAGGUCGAAAGCUCUCAGUGCGAGCAAAUUCCUCUGAAUGAGCCUGCUCACAGGUACCAGAUACGAAGCUUCCAUCUAUGCAGAGACGCAACAAAUUCGACGACUGAGGGGUGGCAGCUGUGCAAUAAUGUAACGGGCAGGGACGGACAGGAGUACGCGGAUAUGGGGUCCAGAAGAACCACGCCAUGUCCCGUUUGUAGAGAGCUGAACAAAGCCGAGGAGGAUUAUCGAGUUGCAUACGGCAACGCAGUCGCGGAUUAUGAGAUGGCAUCUCAAGUGGCUUUGACCAAAUACAACACAGCCGUCGCAAUCGCGGAUGACGACAAGCGCAAGAGAAUAGAGAACUCAGCAUAUCAGAAUCGAUACUUUCCAAGGCGACGCCAUUGA